UGUCCAGACCUGGGGGAACAAAAGCCAAGUGGGAGGCUGAGCCAUGAGUGGCCCAAGUUCUAGGAAGGAGGGGCUGUCUUGGGCCCCCAGUCACCCAGAGGAAGGCAGGCAGGCAGGAGAAGGAGGGAGGGCCGGGUCAGCCUAGGUGCUGUCUCCCCAACUGAGCAAGUACAGAGUCUUUCUCCAAGAACAGACCAGUGUGGAGCCAGACCAGGCUAGGCCACCACAGCACCUGCCCCUGCACCGAAGGAGACAGUCGACAGAAGCCCCUGGACUCCCAGCUCUCGCUCGGCUCAGCCCGACCCCCAUCUCCAUGACCUUCAAUGACAUCCUCCUGCAGGUGGGAGGGGUGGGCCGCUUCCAGUGGGCCCAGUUCACCCUGGUGGUCAUCCCAGUGCUGCUGCUGGCCUCCCAUAACACCAUUCAGAACUUCACAGCUGCCAUUCCUCGCCAUCACUGUCGCCCACCUCCCUCUGCCAACCUGAGUGGGGACAGCUCAGAAGCUGAGGAGCUGUGGGCAUGGCUGCCCCGGGAUAAGCAGGGCAGGCCCGAAUCAUGCCGCCGCUUUACCACCCCCCAGCAGGGGAUACGCUGGCCCAAUGACACAGGGCCCAAUGGGACUGGAGCCACCGAGGCCUGUGUGGAUGGCUGGGCCUACGACCACAGCACCUUCCCUGCCACCAUUGUGACCGAGUGGGACCUCGUCUGCAGCCACAGGGCCUUGCGCCAGCUGGGCCAGUCCUUGUACAUGUUUGGGGUGCUCGUCGGUGCUUCCGUGUUUGGGAACCUGGCAGACAGGCUGGGCCGCCGUAAGAUCUUGAUCUGGACGUACCUGCAGACAGCCGUGUCAGGCACUUGCUGCGCCUUCUCCCCCAACUUCAGCACCUACUGUGUCUUCCGAUUUCUGGCUGGCAUUUCCCUGUCUGGCAUGUCCCUCAACUCCCUUACACUGAAUGUAGAGUGGAUGCCCAUCCACACCCGGGCCACAGUGGGCACUCUGGUUGGCUACACCUACAGCAUAGGGCAGUUCAUCCUAGCAGGCUGUGCCUAUGCCGUCCCCCACUGGCGCUGGCUGCAGUUCCUCCUCUCGGUGCCCUUCUUUGUCUUCUUCCUCUACUCCUGGCUCUUCAUCGAAUCUGCACGUUGGUAUUCCUCCAUGGGCAGGCUGGACCUGACACUGCGGGCACUGCAGAAGGUGGCCUGGAUCAACAGGAAACAGGAAGAAGGGCAAAAACUGAGUGUGGAAGUGCUACAAAUAAAACUGCAAAAGGAGAUGACCUUAGGCAAGAGCAAAUAUACUGCCCUGGACUUGGUGCGCUUGCCAACGCUCCGAGGCCUCUUCUGCUGCCUCUCCCUGAUUUGGUUUGCCACUAGCUUUGCCUACUAUGGGCUGGUCAUGGACCUGCAGUAUUUUGGAACCAACAUCUACCUUACCCAAGUGAUCUUUGGGGCAGUGGACUUGCCAGCCAAAUUCGUGGGCUUCUUAGUCAUUAACUACAUUGGCCGGCGCCCCGCCCAAAUGGCCAGCCUGCUGCUGGCUGGCAUUUCCAUCCUGGUCAAUAUGUUGAUGCCAAAAGACUGGGGAAUCAUGAGGACUUCCCUGGCAGUCCUAGGAAAGGGUUGUCUGGCUGCCUCCUUCAACUCUAUCUUCCUGUAUACUGGGGAGCUCUAUCCCACAGUCAUUCGGCAGACAGGGCUGGGCAUGGGCAGCAUGAUGGCCCGGGUGGGCAGCAUCAUGAGUCCUCUGGUGAAUAUGACUGGAGAGCUCUACCCUGCAUUGCCCUCUUUCAUCUAUGGAGCUGUCCCCAUUGCUGGUGGUGCUGUUGCCUUCUUUCUGCCAGAGACACUCAACAAGCCUUUGCCAGAAAGUGUGGAGGAGCUGAAAGCCAGGAGUGACGGGAAGAAGAAACAGAAGGAAGAGGGAGAGCAGACAAUCCCCCUGCAGACCCUGAGGAAGGACGGGCUCUGAGGAUGGCUGGGAAGUCGAUCUUCAGGGGGUCCCAUCCACUUCCUCUCUCCUCUCUCCUCUCUCCUCUCCCCACUCCCUAAGCAUCAAGAGCUGUUUCAGAUGAAGCCUGACGCUUCCAGGGAAGGGCUAGGCUGGUGUGGAGAGUGGAGAGGAAAAUGGAAGGGACCUGAGACUGGAACGUGGAGAAUUCUGCUCCUCCCCCAGCUCACAGACUGUUCCCCAUGCCCAGAUGCUCUCCUGGACCCCAUUAUUAAAAUGUUUGCCUGUGUCCUUA